AUGUCGCAAAACAUCCUUAUUACUGGAGGUUCUGGCUACCUCGGCGGAACCGUUUUGGCCCGAUGGACGGAGGCGGGGCUCCUCGAACAUGGAAAGCUUUUCAGUCUCGUCCGGACAGACUCACAGGCCGAGGCAACUCGGCAACUGUACGGCGCUGAGCCUCUGAGAAUUGACCUGGAAGAUGAAGAUGCCGUCAAGAACACCAUCGUCUCUAACAAGAUCACGAUUGUGCUCUAUCUGAUUGAUGCUUAUUAUCUCAAGAAUCAAAUUGCGUUUAUCAGAGCCCUCGCCGAGACCAAGAAACAAAUUGGCCAAGACGCCCAUUUCAUUUAUACCACCGGGACCAAGCAAUUCUCAAGCCUCUCCGGCUCUCCAAUCGAUCGGGAUCUGGUUGAUAAUGAGCCCCACCUCUUCGAUAUUCAUAAGGCGCAGAACGCACCGCAUGAGGAGUUGCAAACCGCAACCGACACGAACAUCGCAGUUGUGGAAGCAGGCAUCGAGCAUGGUGUGAAGAUUUAUGUCUUCUCUCCUUGUAUUGUUUAUGGCAAGGGCGAAGGCUUCGGUAACAAAAUCUCUAUUCAAACUGUGGAUGUUGUGAUUGCCGCAACCGCAGCUGGCCGAAUGUAUGAAUUCGACCAGAAGGGACAGAUAUGGCCGGUGUCACACGUCCUCGAUACCGUGUCCCUCUAUUUUACUUUGCUCGACGCUAUUUUGAAAAAUAAGAACCCCGGACAUGGAAAAAAUGGAUUCUACUUAGCAUCAUCUGGAAAGGUCGCUUGGCACGAUAUAUACGCCGGGAUCGCUAAAGGCCUAGCCAGGCGCGGGAAAAUACCGGAUGAGCGGAUUGAACUGAUGAACGACACGGCUCUCGAGAAAAUUGCCAAAGCUCAAAAGGUUUCUCCGUCGUCAGUCAUUGUCAAGAUUGGUGGAAGGUCGACUUAUACAGCAGCGAACGGGAAGUCUCUGGGGUGGAUGCCACAAUACCCUCCUGAGCAUAUACUCGAGAGCCUUGACAAGGAGGUUGAGAUAAUUCUCGAAGAGCUUGACUCAAGGCACCAGGGAACUCGAUAGAUAUUAGUAUGAACCAUGAUAAUUGUGCAUUUGCACACACUAUCUAUGUGCUUGUUGGUGUUUUC